AUGAGUAGAAGACCAUCUAAGACAGGCUAAUACAAAGUAAACAAUACAAAGAAAGUUGCCAAGGUAGUGGCAAUUAAUGUGAGUCCAAUUUAGAUUGAUCACACCCCAGAGGACGUACAAAAGAGAUCUAUGAUAGGAGCAGAAUAUAUUGCCAAGCAGGGCAGAAACAAAAAUGAUCAGGCACAAAUUGGAAUAUCUGACUUUAAUUCUACUGACACAAGUAAGGGUGCACUGUUGAGAGAUUCCUUAAAUACCAGAGGUUCUAAGUCUUGUGCUCAGAGUCCUACCAGAGAACAGGACAAACUAAACAAUGCGAGUGAAGUUCUAAGUGACUAUGCAAAUCGAAAGCGAAUGAUUGAUCGAUAUAAUCUAGCCGGCAGUAACUUAGAGAAUACAGAGGAAAACGGAUUCGCCUAAUAUUAGGUCGGAAUUAGGGAUUCUUAGUCAGACAUCUGUGCUGAUCUCUAAUAGGUUGAAGAUUAUUAAAAGUUUUAUCAGACUAAUAUCUUUGAAGACGACUUAAGAAGAAGCAAGAGUUAUGAUAAGCAUGAUAUCGAGGUGGAGUUCAUAGAGAGUGGCUAGUACAGCAUCAAUUAAGAAAAAGGCAGACCUUCUGGUCCUUAGUACAAUUUAUUGCAAGGAGGAGGUGUAAGAGUACAAAAACUUGGGUCCCCAGUUAAACUAUUUUCUCCAGCUAAAGGCAAAGGGAACUUUAUGAGAUCUAAUUCAUUGUACAAGCUUCAAAGAGUGCAGUAGGUUUACAACAACUCUGGCAAACCUACAAAGCCAGUUGCUAUUCAUCUAAAAUUGAAAAAGAAUUAAAAGCCAUCUAAGUAUCUAAAGACUGAUACAAAUGCUACUAAUGUGAUAAACUUUUACAGUUCAAACAAAAAGAGGUCAAUGAUUGAAAACAAUACUAAACCAUCUUGCUUGACAUCUCAAGGUGAUGAAGUUGAUAGUUAAAACAAGAAAGUAAAGAGUCAGAAAAACAGCUUCAAAGGGAAAACUAAGGCAAUGACCACUGGAUACAAAACAUCAGAGGGUACAGAGAGAACUGAGUAAUCAUGA